UCUCAGCAUGCCAGAGCUGGGUUGUGAGGGAUGUGAGGCUAGUUGGACAUGUGGAGUGCAUGACCUAAAUUUAACUGAUUACUGGCCAGCUACCCUUAACUUUUCCACUCUAUAUGCAACUGAUGUGUUUUUUACAUUUGAAGAAAUGAAGAUGGCAUCACCAGGUCUCUCCAGUCAAGCAUUUCUAAAAAUGUUGGACCAACGAACCGUCCGCUUUGGCCGUACAGGAAAGAUCUCGGCUGACAGCUUCCUGAAAAGUUUUUUCGAGUGGGAAGCUGUAAGACAUGAGUUAGAUAAAAUGUUAAGGAAGGAUCCCUUCAAAUGUCAAGCUUGUACCCCAGAUAUGCUUGCACUUUCAGUGGAUGGAAACCGCAAGCAUUACCGUUUCAAGAAUGCAGCAGGAUCGGAGGAACAGGCUAUAUUUAAGGACCUUUUCAUAGCCAAGGAUGAAGAUGUAGUAAAAUUUGUGGACUAUAUACACAAAUCAACCAAACAUAUUUCUGGAAGAGGUGUUUGUGGUGGGCAAUGGUCAGCAGCCAGGGAGAUGUCUCASAGAUCCAGCAGCAAGCUGGACGAGGAGGGAUUGGAGCUAGCAGUGUGUAGACAUGGGGUCCUACUUUGUGCCCUGAACAUGUUUAGGGGUGAGAUAUUUGCAUACCCCUUGUACCUGCAGCAAAGGUUGGCCAACAGACAGAUCACAUUUUUUUGCAUGGAUGUAACAUGCAAGUACUGGCCAUAUCUUCAAAAAGUAUCUAAAAGCUGUCCUGAGCUCCAACACCUGCUUCAAAUGAAGCCAUUUCUCUCAGUGUUCCAUGCCAAAGCCCAUGACUUCAAAUGUGAGGUUAAAUGGAGUGGAGCAUAUCAAGAGGGUGCUGGUUUGACUCUAGGGGAAGAAGUUGAACAGUGCAAUGCAUUUCUUUCAAGGAUCGCUGUUACGACAAAACAUAUGUCAAAAGCUGGACGGACAGACAUGCUGACCCUUAUGGCCAUGCGCUGGAACCAGCAAAAACAUGACAACUUGGCCACCUCACUAACUCAUCGAUACCAGAAGGCCACAAAAGCUCUUCAAAAACAGCAUCACAAUCUGGUGUCCUUAAAAACUGAGCUKUCAGUGACUGACAUGCAACUUGAUGACUGGGUCAAUGAUAUUAAGAAGUGGGCAGAAGGUGAGCUUUUACAGAUUAAAAAUUAG